GGUCAUGAGAUUCAUGACUCCUCCAAAACAUUAAACAAGAGAAAGCUAAUGCGUCUAUCACACACACCGCAUUUAACUAUACAAAUGGAGGAGGAGAUGUUGGUGCCUUCAUGGCUUGAGUCAUUACUAUCCACAACUUUCUUCUCCAUUUGUCCAGCACACAGAGAUGCCCCGAGAAGUGAAUGCAACAUGUACUGCCUGGAUUGCCGCAACGCAGGUGAGUUUUGCUUUUACUGCAGAUCAUCAAGGCACAAAGAUCACCAAGUAAUUCAGAUCAGACGGUCGUCGUAUCACGAUGUUGUUAGGGUGAAUGAAAUUCAGAAGGUUUUGGAUAUCACUGGAGUUCAGACGUACGUGAUCAACAGUGCGAGAGUGCUGUUCUUGAAUGAGAGGCCUCAGCCCAGAACAGCUGUUAAAGGGAGCUCACAUAUUUGUGAAGUAUGUGGGAGAAGUCUGUUGGAUCCUUUUCGGUUUUGUUCAUUGGGAUGCAAGCUUGUAGGUCUAAAGCAGAAUGGGGAUGCCAGCUUUAUCUUCAGCGCAAAGAAUGGUGAAGAGAAUGAGGAGGGAAUAAGGGAAGGGAUAGCAAUAAGGUUGCCGGCAAAGGAGGGAGAUCAUCUAGGAAAAUUUCGUAGUGAAGCAAGAAUGCAACAUCAUCAGCAACCAGAACAAGACAUGUACCAAUGCACUCCUCCUCCACCCCAAUAUUCAAGAUCAAGAAGAAGAAAGGGCAUUCCUCAUCGGGCACCUUUGGGGCCCUAAAAGUACUAGUGUUAAACUACUAAUCAUCAUGAUCCCUAUAUCAAUUUAUCUUUCUAGAAUUUGGUCUUAGCCAACU